CAUUGCUAUUCCAGUUUCGUUCAGGUGUAGACGCACACAUGGCUGCGCAGCUAGCAAACGCGUUUGUAAUUCUGGUUUUGUGCUGCUUUGAAUUGGGAUUUUCACAGAGUUCAAAGCAUGUCUCUGAUUCAGAUUAUUUUGCAAGCAUGGAAGAUUAUUAUUCUGAUAGUGAUAUUGAAGCUGUACAGUUCCAGGACAGCCCUCAAGAAACUGCGGGUACAAUGAAGUCUAAGCCAAGUGUUGAUUGUCUUAAUGACUCUUUUAAAGUGAUUUUGCCCUCUGGUUCACCAAGUCUGGUGAAGGUUUUGGGAUAUGCAGUACUUGACUCUGUGCUUGAAGCCCCAAAUUACUGUGGAUAUUCUCUAACAGAAGACCAAGACUACAAUGUCCUGCUUAUCAACUAUAAAGGUUGUCACGUCACCUUGAAGGAUGGCCGUUAUACUGUGAAGAUCCUCUAUCCAAAUGAAGCUGGACAGCUGGAUGUUGCUACUUUGUCAUGUAAUGCCAAUAUAAGUCCUGCAGAUUCCCAAAAGCAGUUCCGUAUGCAGUCGGAUCAGGCACGAACCUGUGCCAAACUACCCCCUGCUGCUGAUCCUUUCCCCCAACAAACACCAUCCUUCGAUAACAUGGUACCUUUGAGCAGCAAACCAGGAGGUUGCAGUGUUUCUUUUGGUCAGCGAGUGAUGUGUAACUCCUCAGUAAUAUCUUCAGAUGAAUGUCUGGCCAAUGGAUGCUGCUUUGAUGGGAUGACCUCUUCCUGCUACUAUCCCAUGGAUGAAUGCACAGCUGACAUGAACUUUGUAUUUGCCGUAAAGAAUGAUUUCGCAAACAUCCCAGUAAACCCCAUGAGUUUGAUGGUUGCUGGAAAUGCUGGUUGCAAGCCUGUUAUUUCCAACAAUGACUUCGCAGUCUUCAAAUUUUCGGUCACUGAGUGUGGAACACGUUCUUUCGUCAUAGGUGAUACAAUCAUUUACCUGGCUGAGGUACAGAGCAUCGUAAGAGUCCGCAACCUGAAGUAUGGCAUGAUCUCCAGGGAUAAUCCCAUCAGACUGGUAGUUGAAUGCCGCUACCCGAAGGAUUCUUCCACUUCUGUGCUGACCAGACCCGUGCUUGCCAGUGCAGGAUACAUGGUUAUGAGUCCAAGUCUUCCUCCAUACCUGCUGUCUGAAGGAUUGUUCGGCGUUCAGCUUUUAAUUGCUGAGGAUGUGUCUUUCACAAAGUUUUAUCCACGGUGCCAUCAGCCCCUGAGUGUUCUGUUGGGGAAAUCCGUUUAUCUGGAAUUGCGCCUGAAGUCUCCCAAACCUGAAGCUACUCUCAUUGUGCAUUACUGUGUGGCUUACCCAAGAUCUGCUAGGAGUGCCCUCGUCCUGCUUUUUGAUGGAUGCCCUAAUCCUCUUGACACUGACAACACCGCUGUCCUUUAUACGCAAGACCUGCCCCAGAGUCGGCACAGGCGUCGGUUUGAGAUUAAAGCUUUCCAGUUCAUUGACGUGUCCACCAAUAAGUAUCUAAAUGAGGAGAUUUACUUCAUGUGCUCCACUGAAGUGUGUAUGCCCAACGGAUCACCUUGUGCAGAAACCUGUUUUGAUGGAAAGUCUCGAUGAAUAAGGACUUGAAGGACCAAUGACAUCGGAAGUGUGAUAAUCUGUGUUGUACUGCCUAACUGCAAUAAAUUUUAUCUUUUCUUUGCAA